AUGAAACUAGAAGAAGAAGACCACCACCCUUCAAAAGUACGACUGUUCGGCAUUGGCCUCGGCAGUAGUUUGAAUGAUCUUCGCGGAGGACACGAACUCUCUACCGAUCUGUAUCUGUGGGAUCCGACCUGGGACUACAGCUCAAUUUGGAAAAUCAGGAAGAGGCUAGCAGCGAGCGAUCUCGGAGAGCUGAGCAGGCUGUUAAUGCCAAAAGAGGCAGUGCGAAAACACGUUAUGUCUUACUUGGACGACAAGUUAGCCAAGAUGGUCAACAGUAAAGAGGGCUUACCAGUUACAGUUGUGGACUGGGAUACGUGCAACCGGCAUAAGUUAACUUUUAAGCAUUGGAACUCUGUCGAUUUUUACAUUCUGAAUGGAGGUUGGAGACCUCGGAGAGGCUUAAAGGAAAAUGACGAAAUCGGUCUUUACCUUGACUGGGAUUGGAAAACUUCCAAGUACAUUUUCAGGUUUUCUGUUCUUCAAAGAACAAAGUAG